UUCUCUAUUGAUACAUUCAUCAACGUCUUCGCUCACCAAAGAAGAUGAGGAUUGUUUGGACUCUAUUCCUUUCCUUGGCCAUUAUCCUCAAUUCUAUUGAAUUUGGUUCACAGUCCAAUUUUUCGCCUGGUGAUGAAGCUGGACCUAGUUCCCCUCGUCAGGAACCUGUUGCUUCUCCUCCUGAGAGAUCUCCCAGGAGGUCUCUUCGUCAUGCCAGACGGCAGUCCUCUGCUGUGUCUCUUCCUUCAGCUGACCCCGAUCUUCGUGCCAGGUCCAGGUCACCUGGAGACAGGCGGCUCAACUUUCGCAAAGUACUUGGAUUUAAAAUUGAAGACCUUAGACUAAUUCGACUUCAACCCAGAAAAUAUCCCUCUCUAAUAUUCGAACUUAGAAACUACAAUUUUCCUCUCGAUACACCUAUUCGAUUGAGAAAACAAGGACAGGGCUUCCACCCCGUGCCUACGAGAGCACAAAUUGUAUUGUCGGCACCCGAUGGUGACGUCUUUGCGAUAGUGGAAAGAAACUGGAGCAACAAUACAAUUUUACGUGCAAUGUAUAAACUUGAUAAUUCGCCAGCUGGGUCAAAACGUGCUAAAAUAAACAUGUACAGCGAGGAGGUUAAAGAAUUGGACAACAGAGAAACCUUGGCAUGUCCAAUCAACGCCCAGUCAAUCAGAAGUUUUUUUGACGUAUAUCGUGUGAGCCGCAAUUUUUUAAAUCAAUAACAAAAAACGCGCCCUUUUUCAGAUCUGGCGCUUUGCGUUUGGUUUUUAUGCUUUGUGACAAUGGAUUUGUUAUGAAAUAAUUUAGUUACAAUGCGCAGUUAUGAAAUUUUUAAUUGAAAUAUUUUUCAUUUUAAACUAAUUUCUUCAAUUUAAGGAUUUUAAAAUGCAGCUUGGAGAACGUAAUAUACAGUUUUUGUUGUUUCUUGCAAUUUAAUUUUCUCUGAUUGUACCUUUUUACCAAAACUAUAUUUGACAAUUAUUUUUACUUUUUUUAAAUAUUAUAAAUAGUAGAUAUGUAUGGAAUCUCACCACCGCCUAAAAGAAUAAGUGAGGAUUUAUUAAUAUUCAGACCAUUUUAAAAUGGUAAAAAGCGACAGUACUAUAAUUUCAAUUACAAAAACUAUAUAUUUUCUUUCCAGAGACC